AAAAAAAAAUCACAGGAGUGUUGUGACAUGCUCGUUUCCCCGCGUCCUUGCCCAGAGAUAGAGCAGAUUUUCUAGGGUUUCCUCGGCUCAAUUCGUAUCUGAAAUUCUCAAUUUUGUACUCUCUUCGUUCCAGAUGUCGGCAACGAGGACGCUCAAUCCGCUUGCUGCCGCAAUUGACCCCGUGCCGCUGCUCGGUGCACGGGGCGGAGGCGGGGACGAGCGCGGAUCACGGCCGUCGAGGAGGCCAAGCUUGAGGGGGGCAGCGCGGUUUCUUUGGAGGACAAGAAACCGCCGAAUGAUGAGGGAGCCGUCGAUGCUGGUGAGGGAGACGGCUGCAGAACAGCUGGAGGAGCGUCAGGGCGAUUGGGCUUAUUCUAGACCAGUGAUUAUCCUCGACGUCCUGUGGAACAUGGCUUUUGUGGUGGUGGCUGUUGGAGUUCUGUUCAUGAGCCGGGACGAGCGGCCUACUAUGCCGCUGGGGCUGUGGAUCGCUGGGUACGCACUGCAGUGCGUGCUUCACAUGAUAUGUGUUUGUGUGGAGUAUCGGAGGAGGCGUUCGCCGCGGCAAAUGGAAUCCGGGCACAGUGGGGAUGGGAGCUUGAUGGUCGGGAGUCGGUCUACCUCUGAUCUAGGCUCUCCAAUUGAUUUAGAGGGAGGAGUGGGAAGUGGAAAUAAUGCUUUGGAGGAGGUUCAGGAUGAAGACGGUACAAGUUUUGACUGCAGCCUAGCAAAACAUCUGGAGUCUGCCAACACGAUGUUCUCAUUCAUAUGGUGGAUCAUUGGUUUCUAUUGGGUGUCUGCUGGAGGCCAAGUUUUGACUCGUGAAGCUCCUCAACUUUACUGGCUCUGCAUUGUAUUUCUGGCAUUUGAUGUGUUCUUUGUUAUUGUCUGUUUUGCCCUGGCUUGCAUCGUUGGCAUUGCUGUUUGCUGCUGCUUACCGUGCAUCAUUGCAAUUUUAUAUGCUGUCGCAGAUCAGGAGGGAGCAUCAGAAGACGAUAUCUGCCACUUACCAAAGUUCAAAUUUCGAAGAACUUUAGGUUUUGAAAAACUUGGCGAAAUAUCAAGAUCUUCUGGAGGUGUAAUGACUGAUUGUGGAGAUCCUCAUCACGAGAUUGCUCUUUCAUAUGAGAAUGCAGAGUGCUGCAUCUGCCUGUCUGCAUAUGAUGAUGGGGCUGAACUGCGUCAACUUCCUUGUGGUCAUCAUUUCCAUUGUUGUUGCAUCGACAAAUGGCUUCGCAUAAAUGCCACCUGUCCUCUCUGCAAAUAUAACAUUAUAAAGAGCAGCAACAGACCGAGGGAAGAAGUAUAGAAGGCAUACUAUGCUGUCUCUUUUCCCACUUUUGCCCGGCUGCUGCUGCUGCUGGAAUUAUUGGCUCCUUUCAUCCUUGCUCUUCUUUCUGUACGCAUUUUUGUCAUUAGGCAUAUGUUUUUGAUUUCAGCCGUGGCUUUUUACUCUAGUUUCUGGUCUCUUAUAUUUGGGUUUCAUUUCCAUCUUUAAAUCGCUGUUUCAUUGGAAUUAUAUGAAAGGAAAUCGCUGAGUUAAAGAUAAAAAUCUUUCUCAUCGAGAUUUAAAUGCCUUGGAGUCAUGUUGAUAAUUUGUAGUUUCUGUCCUUUGGUUUGAGUAGAAGUUAAAUGAUGUUUAGAAUGGUUGGUCAGCUUCAUCUUUGGAAAGCUAUUAUUAUUAUUAUUCCUUUUUAAAUGGUGAGAAAGUAGUAGCAGAAGUUGUCCUUCUUUUUCCAGACCAACAUUUCCAGGCCAUAUUUAUGACUUCUUUUCUUUCUUUGUUUAUUGUUAUUAUUAUUAUU